AUGUGUGCUAGUGUUGACACUUCUCCCACCGAAAUCAUCACAGGCGUUUCGGUUUACGCUGGAAAAAACACUUUUAAGCCCCGGAGGCAGAAAACUUCAGAUGCGAGGGUCUUGCUUCUGCAGGACGCCGAGGCACCCGGCUGGUUCCGAGCAGCGGCCUCGGAGAGAGCAGAGAGCGGCCCAGCUGAAAUUCGGCACGGCGAGGCUCCGGCUUGGAAUCGUCGUUGCGGAGCUCCAGCGCCAGGGGGCCGAGGAUCGGCGCCUCGUGCAGCGGCAGCUGGACCAUCUCGAGCGGCGGCUUCAGGAGCAGCUUGCUAUGCCGGCCAGUCGCGAGCGCUGGGCAGACCUCCAGGGCAGUGUCACUGGACUGCUGGAAGAGGUCGCAGGAUUAGUCCGACGCGUGGAAGGCCUAGACGAAAAGUUGAGGAGUCGGACUACAGCCUGCGAAGAGCUGCUGCGGCAGCGCACACGUGCGUGAUGGCUUUGUACACGCAGAGAUGCUUCCCAGGUCCAGCUGGCAGUUUCCACCUUUGA